AUGAGAUUAAAAGCAGUGAAUAUCGUGUUGGUUUACAUUCUAGUCUUAUCAUACCUGCAAGAUAAGGUCAGUGGUUGUGGAGGCGGGGGAGGCGGGGGAGGAGGUUGUUCGGCCACAAAUUGUGAGUGGAGCUCAUGGUCAUCGUGGAGUACAUGUAAUCAUAGAUGUGGCAGUACGGGAGAGCAAACACAGACACGAAGCAAAACAGUACAGGAAGAUUGUGGAGGAUCAUGUUCAGGUUCGUCAGCGAAUUCCAGAUCAUGUAACAGAAACGCAUGUCAAAAUGGAGGAAACCCGAUCCCUGGCCGAUGUUCAUGUUUGUCAGGUUGGACAGGAACCUGCUGUGAGUCAGGUGAGUGAAGCUCAAGAUGAGUUAUGAAACCUAAUAUAUGUACCAGGCACACAUUGAACUUUUCUGAAACUAGCUUCACGGUUUGUGCCUGAACGACCUGAGGAGAACUAUUCUACCAACGAACGGAAGAACUUCCAGGGAUCUCAUUCACAAAUCAUGGCAAGUAAUUGUUUAAGAAAUUACACGGUUUGAGAAGUAUGAAUGAAAAAUCGCACUCGUGUUUGGCGGAACUUUUCUGAUACUGCAAGUAUUAUAAAUAUUUCGCCUAAGGCAAGUGUAAUUUUUCAUUAAUACUUUGAGCACAAGUAUAAUUUCCUAUUUAAUUUACAAUUCGUAACCUGAGAAAAUCUAUGAAUAAUCUUCAUUUUUUCUUUCCUUCAUUAUUUACAUAUUCUUGAAGAGCUCAUUGUAAAAUAAGAGCUCCAAAAUUAUAAAUUUUCACAUUGUUUAUUUGGAUGUUGUGUUUAUGGCACGCGGGCUCGUAUUCGUACCGAUUAAUCUUUAAUCGGCACACUGCGCCGAUUAAUGUUUGAUCGCCAAGGUUCUUAAACAAUCAGAAUCAAGUAAAUUGACUAAAAUGAUAUUAAAUGUAAUAUCCUAUUCCUCACUCUAAACUUGUACAAUUAGAAAAGUCGAUUUAUGCCACGAUAAUAUUUUUCAGCGAACGUAGUAUUCGGACGGUAGGUGUUUUUAAAUAUGGCCUAACAAACGUUGACAGAUAAUGCUCUUCACUUUCGAAUUCUCCUUUAGUUCUUUAAUUCCGAAGGCUAAGUCGAUAUAUAAGUAGCAUCUUUAAUUAGAUUUAAUCGUUAAUUUUCAACUUUGCCGUGACAACUUUGGCAUUACAUAUGAGUAUAGAAUAGUUGGUAUAUGCUAUAUUUACUAGUAAAAAUUUCAUGUAAUUAGAUAAAAAGUACUAUAAUUAACAACUGAAAAUUUAGUGAAGGGAAGGACGCUGGCAACAUUAUACAACAUGCUUUUAAAUUCUUAUUUGGGGAUGGGGGGUUGUGAAUUGCGGUAUUUGCUCGAGGUAUCAUUGUAUAUCGUUGGUUAAAUCAAAAAUAUUAAUAAUGAGCACUUCUAUACAACUGGUUUUGAUUUACUUUCGACAGUUCGACCUCGAAUUGGGCUAGCAUGCGUGAACAACUUAUGAGUUGUGUGAUAAUUUAUAUCAAAUUUCCCAUGCCGUUUUAGACGUAGACGAAUGCAGUUCAAGCAGUCCAUGUCAACAUAUCUGCAAUAAUGUUCCUGGCAGUUACACCUGCCAAUGUGACUCCUGUUACACGAAACUUGGCGAUAAUUGUGAACUGCGUCAAUGCAAGAUUGGUGGACGAUGCUUUGAAUACGGCGAUGUAAAUCCAAGUAAUCAGUGUCAGGUAAAACACCGUCCCAACCCUAAUGUGUCCAAAGUAUGGCGAUAUAAUCUAUAGACGCCAUUUUAGGCUAAAUAAGAUAUUAUGCAAAUCUUACUCCAGUUAUAAUGCUCACUCGUGGAGGUUGUAUACGCUGAUUAACACGAGAAAACUUUCAGUUGAAAUAUUUCUUAUUGUAUCGUUUUUUUCGUCGCAUGAAAUUAAGAUUACGCAACACAUGCAGUUUAAAUACCAUUCGUUUAAAAUAAUAAACUGCUGUUUCCGUUACUGCAGAUUGUUACAAGAAAACAGAGCUAUAAGACGCUUUUAAGUUAUACCGUUAUGUUUUGCGCACAACCAGGUUAGGUAUAAGAUUGUGACAGUGGUCAAUAUCAAUAUUUUUGCGUGAACAUGCAGUGAACAUGUUAUCUCUUUAAAUUUUGUCGAAGUAAAAACCUUUACAUGCAAAAAGUUAUGUCAUUUAAAUAAUAGUCAUCUUAUUAAAAUAAACAUCAGAUCACGCACUGAAUUACCAAAACGUCAUCCAACUACGACUUUUUAUAAUUAUUUAAUAUUUAGGAUUGUCAAAAGUAUCACGAAACAGUUUGGACAAACAACAAUGCUCUAUCCUGCAGUGAUAGUAAUUUGUGUACAAGAAAUGAUAAAUGCGUGGCCGGCACAUGCAAAGGAACGCCGUUCACGUGUCUUGAAUGUGAGAAUUGUGAUGGAUAUAAAUGUACGAUCAAUUCUGGUUUCUGUGUGAUCGAUGGGAAAUGUUACCGCCAUGGAGAUUUGAGAGUUGGGAAAUCUUGUCAGGUGAGUUUAGAUUUUAUCCCUAAAAAUUAUUAAUGCCUUAUGACAAACCUUACUAAUUACUGGAACGCAGCAUUAUACAUGUACAGGCAUGUAUAGCUUCAACUUCGAAUUCACUGUUUUGAAAACAGACAAUGACUUCAAAUAUUACGUAAAACUACUAAGACUAAAUAAGUGACUCAAUAAUGCUUACAAUUUAAAGCUAAAGUGCAUGAACAUCCUGGCCAGUGGCCACAUAGUCUGCAUACCCAGACAUCAUUUCCCACGUUUAUUCUUCGCCAAUGACGUCAGUUUCGAAGACUAUAGUGGCCAUGCACGCCACUGCUCAGUAACAGCAGUUAAAACUUAUUUUAUGUGCUGUUUAAAACACGCGUAUAUAGGAAUGUCUUAUCGUUGGUGUGCGGCACCAACAUUUUAGAUACGAUAAAACACUCAUACAUGCAUGCAAGUGUUUGAAUAAAAAAUUGUUUUAAUAAAUUUGUAGUUAGCAAUUAUUUUUGUGGUUAGUCGAUGAUCUACUUUAGUCUAAUUGAACGAAGAGGAUGGGUUAUUAAUAUAUAGUAGAUGGCCGUAACUGCACGAGUUGUAUGCCGUAAUAGUCACAUGCUUGGCAGUCUAGGCAAAGCUUAAACAGUCGCAGGCAAGCACACAGGGGGCAGAAAAGUACGAUUGUGUUUAUUUAAAAUACCUUGUCAUCAACCAAUAUAUCGCAUAGUUUCAUCCAGGUUUCAUCACGAUGAAAAUUAUGUUGAUUUUCGAUAAUAUCAUGUCUACUACUUCAUGUAAUUCAAACAUUGUAUUACAAGGACUGACCAUAGUAGCGUGGGCUCAUACUAGAACGAUUCAUUUUGCUUACACGUACAAAUAAUAGAAAGGGAUGAAACCCCCGAUCGCGAAAUAUUUCGAAUGCAUAUAACUGUCGUGUUUCUGAACCAAAACCUUUUAUUUUUUGUAUACAGUUUAGAUAUGAUACACUUAGCAUACCUGUACAAGGAAAUUUUUAGAAACGGUUAUUAUACCGAAAUUUUUGGGACUACAAUUUUGGCUUAUUUUGUUUCAACGUGCACCGCAACAGGUGGUGACGGAAGUGACGGAAGUGACGUAGUUACGCACUUAAGAGGCAGUCUCUGUAAGAACCUCAUGACCUCUUUGGAUGAACAAAUAGAUUUCUCUCAAACUUUGUAGUUGAGAUUGCCUUUAUAAGGGUUGUUUCAAAAUGCAUUUUGUUUUCAGUCUAAUUGCAUUUUGGCAAAGUUCCAGGGGGGUCAAGUUGAGGGAAAAAAUUACGAUUUUUGCUGUUCUCAAUAGUGGAUUUUUGCUGAUUUUUAAACCUCUGUACAUCAAACAAAAAUAAUCAUAAAACUAAAUCUUUCCAGGCAAUAGUAGCUUUAUAUGUCUUAAGUAACAAGGUAUCUGUAAAUUUUUCAAAUUUGUUUUCUAAAUAUAGAAAUGACAUCAUUCAUGAUAGACUAAAAUAGAAAUUUCCAAGUUCCUUAAAAAUGGGUGAAAUAAAACCCCUAAAAUUCAAAAGUUAGACUUGCUAUGAAUGUAAUAUUAUUUGUAUGGUGAGAUUAAAGGUUGGUCUUACAUAAUAUAAAAUAAAAUAUUGCGGCCUGUAAAUUUUGGAGGUACUACAGGCCAACAAAACAUCAACAUUUUCGACUUUCGGCAGUUUGGAGUAAAUAAGAACGUUCAUGUUUACUGUAAACUCUGCUUUGAAAGAGCAAAAUUUUACAUAUUAUUGGACCUAGAACAGUGAUGAACAUUCGUUUGACCUUAACUGUUGUCUAAAGUCUUUUAGGGAAAAGCACUGACACAGGCAUUUCCGCUAUUUAUGGACGUAAUGGACCGUAUUGUAUAAAUAAUAAACAUUUUCUAGCUGAAUAUAAUCAAGACAAGUUAUACAUUUGCAUCAUGUAAAGACGUCCGUUAGUCAACAAAUUAUCAAACAUUGAUUUAUUUUGAAGAUUUAUUUAAAAAGUCAAGAGAAAACCUACCCCAGUAUAUUUAUAUUGAUACAAAGUAUGCCUCGAUCGACAGCCUUGUCAUUUAAUGACCCGAAUUGUCAGUUGACUUAUUAUUUGACGUUUGUUAGCUUCCAUUAUUCUUUAGUGUUAAUCACUUUCGAUAUCUUAAUGAUUAUUGUAGACACAGUCUUGUAUAUAAAUCUUGAUUCUUCGUCCGAACAGGCAAUGUUAGUCAAUUCCUCCAUCAGUCCAUCGUUUAUAUAACUCGAUUUUGUUGCUGUUAUGGCGGAGGCCGCUGACCAACCAAAUAAUUGGACUGUCAAACGUACAGGGCGGGUUUGUGCACGAUAGAGAUAUUUACAGUCUUGGAAAAUUUUGCUUCCAUCAAACAAAUAUCAUGAUAAACCUGUAUCGUCCCGCACAAUAGUAGCUUGGUAUGUCCUAAGUAUCAAGGAAUCUAUAAUUUUUUAAAAUAUAUUUUCUAAAUAUAGAAAUGUUUCUAUAUUUAGAAAAAUUACAUUUAGUCUGCUUCAUUCGUGACAGACUAAAAUAGAGAUUUUCAUUAAAAUAGAGAUUACAUUUUUAAGGAUUGGAACAAUUUACCCAAUUCUAUUUGAGAAAACGAUUUCCUUAUAACUUUUAAACAUAUCAAGAACUUUGGAUUAUAGUAGUGACUUAUUUUACUUUUUACAUAGUAAUUUCCUAGUACAUAUACUUCAGAAAGAUAUAUUAUAACGUAUUACUAUUAGCUAUAUUGUAAUUUAUUUGCAGAACCUCCCUGAAAACCACGUAUGUGAUGGAAGCUGUUAAAAUAUUACUUUAAUAAUAAUAAAGUUUUGCAUAUGCAUAUAUAUAUAUAUAUAUAUAUAUAUAUAUAUAUAUAUAUAUAUAUAUAUAUAUAUAUAUAUAUAUAUAUAUAUAUAUAUAUAUAUAUAUAUAUACUUCUAAUUCGCUGCAGAUUUCUUUCAGCAUUUUGACAUUGAAUUGUUUCAAUUCGUUACGUUGGCGUAAUUCACAAGUUACUUAUAUAUUAACGCAACACGCAAGCAAGUUUAUAUGAAAGCAAGUUAAUAUCAAAACCGUGAAAUUAUACAUUUUUAUUUCAGCUGCAUGUGUUUUCACAAAAAUUAAAAAGUCAAAUUCACCUGUGGAAAUAGUCUCGCGGUAAAUUUUCGGUGUGAAAGCAAACAAUUCUCGACAUGUUGCACGUGUUUUGACAGCCGAAUUAUUUAGCUGGUCAGCGGCUUCCGCCAUAACAAUAACAAAACGAGUAAAAUUAAACGAUGGAGGAAUUGACUAGCAUUGCCUGUUGACGAAGAAUCACGAUUUAUAUACGAGACUGUGUCUACAAUAAUCAUUAAGAUAUCGAAAGUGAUUAACACUAAAGAAUAAUGGAAGCUAACGCACGUCAAAUAAUAAGUCAACUGACAAUCGGGGUCAUUGAAUGACAAGGCUAUGAUCGAGGCAUACUUUGUAUCAAUUAUAUUGGGGUAGGUUUUCUCUUGACUUUCUAAAUAAAUCUUCAACAUAAAUCGAUGUUUGAUAAUUUGUUUACUAACGGACGUCUUUACAUGAUGCAAAUGUAUAACUUGUCUUGAUUAUAUUCAGCUAGAAAAUGUUUGUUUUUUAUACAAUACGGUCCAUUACGUCCAUACAUACCGUUAAUGCCUGUGUCAGUGCUUUUCCCUAAAAGACUUUAGACAACAGUAAAGGUCAAACGAAUGUUCAUCACUGUUCUAGGUCCAAUAAUAUGUAAAAUUUUGCUCUUUCAAAGCAGAGUUUACAGUAAACAUGAACGUUCUUAUUUGCUCCAAACUGCCGAAAGUCGAAAAUGUUGAUGUUUUGUUGGCCUGUACUACCUCCAAAAUUUACAGGCCGCAAUAUUUUAUUUUAUAUUAUGUAAGACCAACCUUUAAUCUCACCAUACAAAUAAUAUUACAUUCAUAGCAAGUCUAACUUUUGAAUUUUAGGGGUUUUAUUUCACCCAUUUUUAAGGAACUUAGAAAUUUCUAUUUUAGUCUAUCAUGAAUGAUGUCAUUUCUAUAUUUAGAAAACAAAUUUGAAAAAUUUAUAGAUACCUUGUUACUUAAGACAUAUAAAGCUACUAUUGCCUGGAAAGAUUUAGUUUUAUGAUUAUUUUUGUUUGAUGUACAGAGGUUUAAAAAUCAGCAAAAAUCAACUAUUGAGAAACAGCAAAAAUUGUAAUUUUAGCCCUCAACUUGACCCCCCUGGAACUUUGCCAAAAUGCAAUUAGACUGAAAACAAAAUGCAUUUUGAAACAACCCUUAUAAAGGCAAUCUCAACUACAAAGUUUGAAAGAAAUCUAUUUGUUGAUCCAAAGAGGUCAUGAGGUUCUUACAGAGACUGCCUCUUAAGUAAGAGCCAUAGGACUUCUUUCCCAUCCUCUUCAAGAUUUCUUAGGCGGGUAGUUGGUAUUUUGUUAUUCACGUAGGCUAAGACACCGCCACCAGGUGUGGGACGAUCACGACGAUGUGCAUUGAAUUUAUUGCUUAUUUCCACAGCAGCAUCCGGGAUGUUUGAGUUCAGCCAAGACUCUGUAAUUAUGAUCAAGGAGGGGUUAUUGACUGCGGCAAUUCCAGAGAGUUCAGUUAUUUUGUUCGUUACAUGA